AUGGGUUUGCGUGUGGUUCUAAAAUGGCGAUUAAGAGCCUCGGUAUUUUCAGGUGUUCCUUGGGAGCCAUCUAGCGGCAGGGCGCGGGUUGUGCUGGGCCUGUGGCUGCUGGUCGCCUUCACGCUGGGCUCCGUGUACCGCUCUAACCUUAAGGCCAUGCUCAUCCUUCCGAAGAUUAACCUGCCAUUCGACAGUCUGGAACAGCUCGGCGAGUCUCCCAUUCUCACCGGUGUGUUUAAGGAUUCGCUGAUUCAUCGACAGAUAGCUGAUGCAGACAUUAACUCUAAUCUUGGCCGGCUCAGGGAUCAACUCGCAAUUUACCCGAUGGAUCAAGACGUGAGGCUGAUUAUGGCAAACAUAACGAAGGGACUGGCUGCCGGCAUUUCCUUCCAUCACCCAAUUAUGACGGUCCUUCACUCAGAUUUUUCGCGAGUAAGUACAAAUUUAGCGUUUUGCCUUACAUUCAAUGAGUUGAUUGGUCUAAAUGGCAAGUGCAAUUUGUACAUCCUGUCCCGCGGCUUCCUGGGCCCCACGUCCCUCUCCUUGGCCUUCCCCAAGGGCUCACCGCAUAAGGCAAAGUUCGACCGCGUCAUCGUCAGCCUGCGGGAGUCGGGCAUUCUGGGUAAGCUGUUUUCUAACGACGUGAGCAAUGCCUCCGAGUGCACCAAGCCCGUGAGCUCGUCGCUGGGUGCCCCUGUGGAGCGCUCACUGGAACUGGAGGACUUUUACGGCGUCCUGUCGCUCUACGCUGCUGGUAAGUAUUUUGCCCGGCUCAGGUAUGUGGGAGGACCAGUAAGGAGGAGGGGACAAAGCCAUUUUUUCCAGUUUUCAUCAUAGACUCAGCUAUAGAGUUCGGUUGGGCAGAGCCUGCUCGGGGAGUCCCCUGGCCAUAGUCCUGCCGAAUCUUAUUUAAUCUAUACAUAAUAUUUGAAACACAAUUUCAAAUAGCAUGUAGCUGACAUAUGAGUGAUAUAUUGGGGGUGAUGCCUGCCUUUCCCAGUGCAAAUUAGAAAAAAAGCCAUCAUUCCUUACAUCCUUUCCCCUCCAGACGCCUCAAAUAUAUGUCCUAUUGUGCCUUGUAUCACAGAAGAUCACGUCAAUCAACUCUGUCUCCUAAUUAUAAUAUUAAGACACCUUUCCACCUGUAAAUGACCUCUCUUUUGGCCUCUCGUCCUGUUUUCUUUCACAGGAGCAGCGUCUAGGGGGCCUUUCUGUUCCUGUUAUUGUUUCUUGCCCAGCUGCCUCCCUAGAUAUAGAAAAUAAAAUAUACUCGGUUUAACGGUCUCUGGUAGAGCAUUUUGCCAUCCGAUGAUACAUGUGUAUUUACCUAGAUGUAUUUACCUAGUUGUGACAUACAGGAAAAGAGCUACGCUCGCGCUGUCCCGUCUCCAUAUCCUCUCUUAUCCAACUUUUCCUUAAAAUCAUGAAUGUUUCUUGCACAAACCACCUCCUCCUCCAGUCCAUUCCACAGCUCAAUGCUUCUGUUUGGGAAGCUAAACUUUUUCACAUCUCGCCUACACGCGGUCGCCCUCAACUUCUUUCCAUGUCCUCUCGUUUCUCUCUCGCUCCACACAUACAGGUCCUCUCUGUCCAGAUUCUCCACCCCGCUCGCCACCCUGUACACUGCUAUCAGGUCUCCUCUUUCUCUUCUUCUCUCCAGGGUUGUGAGCCCCAUGCUAUAGAGUCUCUCCUCGUAAGUCCGACCCCGACGUUCCGGUACCAUCUUAGUUGCCGCUCUCUGUACUCUUUCAAGCUUUCUUAUGUUCUUCUUUUCGUGAGGAGACCAGACCACUGCUGCAUACUACAACCUUGGCCUUAUCAUUGUAACUAUUAUUUUCUUCAUCUCUUCGUCCAAAUACACAAAUGCCGUCCUUAUGUUCUUCAGCAAAUUCAUAGUUAGUCCCGUUAUCCUGUUGACGUGUUUGUCCGGUGACAUGUUCUCUGAGAUAGUCACUCCCAAAUCUUUUUCUUCCAUUCCUCUGCAUAUUAUCUCACUUCCCAUCUUAUAAUCAUAUUCACAUCUUCUGCCACUCCUAUCAAACUCCAUUUUUUUACAUUUCCCAAGGUUGAAUUCCAUCUGCCAUGUACCACUCCACUCCCAUAUUUUGUCCAGGUCCCUUUACAAUGCUUCACAGUCUUUCACAUCACUGGCUCGUCUCAAUAGCUUUGCAUCAUCUGCAAACAAACUCACAUAGCUGGUCACUCCGUCCACCAUAUCAUUUAUAUAAACAGCAAACAUUAUUGCCGCCAGCACCGAACCUUGUGGGACCCCACUCCUCACUGGGCACCAGUUGGAAACCUUGCCCUUGAUUAUUGUCCUUAUAUCCCUGUUAGUUAGGAAGUCCUCCAGCCACUUAAUCAGUCCAUCACCCAUUCCACCCCUAUUUUUAAUUUUCCAAAUUAGUCUUCUGUGCGGUACUUUGUCGAAUGCCUUUUUCAAAUCCAGGUACACUCCAUCCCCCCAGCCUUCUCUCUCUUGUAUUAAAUCUGUCACCCUUGAGUAGUAACAUAACAAGUUGGUGACACAAGAUCUCCUUCUCCUGAAUCCAAACUGGCAAUCCGAGAUAAUUCUCUCCCUUUCUAAAAAAAUCUGACCACCUGUUUUUAACUAGCCUCUCACAUAUCUUCGCAACCACACUAGUGAGUGAUACCGGUCUGUAAUUUAAUGGGUUCUCUCUCUUUCCUCCUUUAUAAAUUGGUACUAUGUUUGCUCUCUUCCAAUCUUGUGGUAGCUACCUUUCCUUCACUCAGGGAGGUGCUCAUUAUGGAGUGCAGUUUCUCUGCAAGUUGCUCACUACAUUCUUUCAGGAUCCAUCCUGAUACUUCAUCCGGCCCCGUCGCCUUUCUCACAUCCAGCUUGUUCAAGCUUUCCUUGACCUCCUGCACCGUUACCUGUAUCUCCUGCAUAACCCUUCCUCUUUCCUGGCCCGGUGGUUGUACGAAUUCUUCUUCUUUUGUGAAAACUCUGUGGAAGCUGUUAUUCAUCACCUCUGCCAUCUGUGCUGGGUCCUCAUAUGUGGUUCCAUCCAUUUUCAGUUUAUCGAUUGUUUCUCUGUUCUUUAAUUUGCCGUUCACAUGUCUAUAAAAUAAUUUAGGUUGGUCUUUGCAUAUGUCGAUUAUAUUUUUUUUCAUAUUUCCGUUUUUCUUCUCUUCUAAUCUUUGUAUAUUCAUUCCUUGCUUGUUUGAAAUCGUUCCACGCGUUGAUUCUUCUUCGUCUCCUCCAUCCCUUCCAGGCUUCCUCCUUUCUCUUUCUAGCCGCCUCACAUCUUUUGUUGAACCAUUCCUUUUUACCAACAUCCUUUUUGGUUACCUUAGGGACAUAUCUAUUCUCGGUUUCUUUGUACAGCUUUAAAAACUCCUCCCACUUGUCUUGUGUGCUUUUGGCUUUGUACAGCCCACUCCAAUUUGCAUUCUCAAAAAAGUUCUCAUAUUAACAAAGCCUGCCUUAGAGUAGUUACUUCUCCCUAUUUUGUGAUCCUCUUUUCGGUCAAUCGUUCUCUUUUCUUUUACUUCAAAUUCCACAAUCACAUGGUCACUCUUUGCUAUUGGGCAAUCUAUUUUAAUAUUUUCUAUUACUUCCGGUUCCUUGCUAAAAACCAGGUCUAAUCUUGAUGCCUCUCCUUCUUUCCCGAAUCUAGUAUGUUCCUUAAUCCAUUGCAUCAGCACAUGUUCCAUUGCCAAUUGCAGGAGUCUUCCUCCCCACGACUCUUCUGUUCCCUGCGUCUGCCAAUCCUCCCAUUCUACCUCUUUGCAAUUAAAGUCACCCAUUAAAAUUAUUCUCUCAC